GACAGGCAGUGUGGCCCAGUGGGUUAGUGGGUUCAGCCGCCGCUUGUGAGUCCCGGUGCUCCGUGUCUGAUCCAGCUCCCUGCUCGUGCGCCUGGGAAAGCAGCGGGGGACGGCUCAGAUAUUUAGGUCCCUGCCACCCAUGGGGGAGACCUGGAUAGAGCUCCUGGCUCUGGCUUGGUCCAGACUUGGCUGUUGUGGCCAUCAGGGGAGUGACCCAGCAGACCCUCUCCCUCUCACUCUGCCUUUCAAAUAAAUAAACAUUAAAAAGAGUUAAAAUGUAACAAUACCAUGAUAUUCCUAAUAAUUUUAACAAUAAUUAUUUAAUAGAAUUAAAUCUAUUGUUUAAAUUUCUGCAAUGGUAUCCUCCCACACACUUUUUUUUCCCCAGUUGCUGGGUUAAAAUUGACACCCAAGGGUGAGCGUUGUGGGUCCGCUGCUUGGGACACCGCCAGCCCGGAUCAGAGCGCCGGUUCGAGUCCUGGCUGCUCUGCUUCUGCCCCAGCUUCCUGCUAACGUGCACCCUGCGAGGCAGUGGUGGUGGCUCAAGCACUUGGGAGACCUGGAUGGAGUCCCUGGCUCCUGGCUUCAGCUUGACCCACUUCAAGCUGUUGUGACCGUUUUGUGAAUGAACCAGUGUUUCUCCCUAGUGCUCUGCCUUUCAAAUAGAUAACAUAAAUCUUUUUUAAACAUUUAAGCUCCAAACAAGGCAUAUAUCUUGCAUUCAUUUGCUCUCUCUAUUUAGUUGACAGAGAGAGGGAGGGAGAGACAGAUCUUCCAUCUGCUGGUUCACUCCCGCUCUGGCUGCUGGGUCAGACUGAAGCCCCGAGCCAGCCAGAACUCCAUCUGGGUCUCCCACGUGGGUGCGAGGCUUUCCCAGGCGCAUCAGCAGGGAGCUGGGUCAGAAGUGGGGCGGCCCGGACGCCUAUGGGACACCGGCAUCUCAGGCAGGGGCUUAACCUGCCACGGCGCCGGCCCCUGCUCUGUCUCUCCAGGCCCGGUUUCCCAGGGCACUUGUUAAGGAAGGCGGGGUGCUGGCAAGGAUGGCUUCUGGGAGUGGGGGAGGGGCGGCGUUGGCAUGCAGGGAGCAGCAGGACACAGAGGCCCAUCUCCCUUAGCGGGGACAGGCCGGGGCUGCCAGGGAGGGGUGCCAGAGCGGAGGGGAAGCGGCCAGGGGGCUUGGGCUGCUGGGGAGGGGUCAGGCUGCAGGCAGCAGGGGGCAUAGGGUCAAAAAGGAACCGGAUGUCUGUGCAGGGGGGGCGGAGGGAGAGGUGAGGGCCAGAACCCAGCUCCUCCCCGCCUGGCCCGGCCCCAGGAGCCCCUCCCCGGCCUCGCAGCCACGAUCCACCGCAGGGCCAGGCCUUCAGCUCCCUGCACAAUGCCGGGGACCCGUGGGCCAGGGCCCUCACUCGGCCUCCUCCUCCUCCUCCUCCUGGGCCCUGCGGGGGCCGCUGCUCCACGGCGCAGGUUUGAGUACAAACUCAGCUUCAAAGGACCGGGACUGGCACCGCCUGGGGCUGGGAUGUCUUUCUGGAGCCACCAUGGAGAUGCCAUCCUGGGCCUGGACGAAGUGCGCCUGGCGCCGUCCCUGAGGGACCGGGGUGGCGCCGUGUGGAGCAGGGUCCCUGUCCUGCUGUCUGCCUGGGAGGUGGAGGUGCAGCUGAGGGUGACGGGACCGGGGCGCCGGGGGGCCCAGGGUGUGGCUGUGUGGUACACGCGGGAAAGGGGCCGAGUGGGCUCUGUCCUGGGGGGGCCAGCCUCGUGGGACGGCAUCGGGAUCCUCUUGGACUCCUCGGCCGGGGACACCCAGGACAGCCCUGCCAUCCGCGUGCUGGCUGGUGACGGGCACAGCCCCAGCACACAGCUCGGGGGUGGGGCCAGCCGGGUGCUGGGCCUCUGUCGCCGGGACUUCCGGAACCGGCCAUACCCCAUCAGAGCACGGAUCACCUACUGGGGACAGAGACUGCGUGUAUCCUCCAACAGCGGCCUCACUCCCCACGACCCUGAUGAGGUCUGUGUCGAGGUGGGGCCCCUGCUAUUGGCCCCUGGAGGAUUCUUUGGGGUCUCGGCAGCCACUAGCACCCUGGCAGAUGACCACGACGUCCUGGCCUUCCUGACCUACAGUCUGCACGAGCCGGGCCCGGAGGCUCCCCCGCAGCCACUCCCAGAGGCGGAGCAGCUCCGCCUGGCCAGGCGGCUGGAGGCGCUGCGGGCAACCCUGGCCCUGGGCGCUCGGGAGGACGUCGUUCCGAAGCCGGACUCCGGUGCUGUUGUCCCGCCCCCACCCCACGGGCUGCCUGACCCAGCUCUGCCCCACCCCCCAGGGGAAAGGCUCAGUGACCUGGAGGAGAGCCUCAGCCGGCACAGCCGGGUCCUGCAGGCCCUCGGGGGUCUCUCUGAGCAGCUGGCCCAGGCACGGAGGCAGUGGAAGCAGCAGCUGGGGGCCCCAGGCCAGGUCCGGCCAGAGGGAGGCUGGGACUCUGCCCAGCUCAGCACCCUGUUCUGUGGACAGCGGACUCUGCUCCAGGCCCUGCGAGAGAUGCGGGAUGCCGCGGCUCUGAUGGCCUCGGGAGCACGGGUCUCCUUCCUGCCCGUGGGCACCAAGCACCACUUCUCAGAGCUGAGGCAGACCCUCGGGCUCCUGCAGACGGACCUGCGGAGUGUGGUGAAGACAGCAGUCCAGGCCCCCUGCCAGCCCGGCGGGUGCCCAGGGGUCUCCUCCUGCCUGCGGCCCAGCGUCCUCCUGCUCUUCCUCCUCGCCCAGACUGUGGCCUUCUUCUGCUACGUCCACUUCAGACAGGAGCUGGACAAGCGCUUUCGGGAGUGUCUGUCCAGAGGCGGCCUUCCUCAGGGCCCUGCCCCACACAUCGCGAGCGCCCUGGGGGCUCUCAGGAGGCAGCCCCUCUCCCCCAACACGCAAGCCUGACCACAGCCCCUUCUCACUGGCGAGUGGGCAGCGUGGCGUCUUCUGUGUGCCCAGCUCCCGCUCACACCUCAGCGGCUGGCAAGCUCCCGCCUUAUUAAAAGUGAUCCCUGCCUCCCCAAGCUCUGACACCAUCACUGACCUCCCAGGUUCCCCUUGAUCUCUCCCAAAGGCGUCCGCCUCCUCUGGGUAGGGAGCGAGGUGUGUGUGAGGCCAAGGGAUGGACUGACCCCUCAAACGCCUGCACUUAUAGGGGCAGCAGGAGCCACAUGUGUGUAUCAUUCUCCCCAAACGCACCCAGAACAAGGAGAGGCAUCUCCCACGCACCCCCACCCCCCGCAGCUCCAGGGGCAGCAGGGCAGGUGCAGGAGCGAGCACCCUGGGAGCCCCUC